UCUGAUUGGGUUUCAUAUGGUUAUGCUGUGAUUGACAUGAAAUUCAGCCAAUCUCCAUUUGGGAAAGAAGGCGUCAAAGUGUAUUCAAAGUAAACCAUCGGCAGAACGGAAAGCCUCAUAGCCCGGACUGUUCAUUUUGGUCAUCAAAGAUUAUUCAAUGGAUGAGGAGCCGGUACUUACCGACGCUGUACUACGCAUUUGUCGCGUUUCAUUACUUUAAUAUAUUAAGUUGUCCGUGGUUACUUUAGUUGGUUAUAAAGUUAGCUGUUUACAUGGUGAUUGGUUUCUUUCGGGGAAACUUGGCGAGACGUUGAGUUUAGCGGUGGUCAGUGUGGAUAAUUCCCAACCCUCCCAGCUUGAAAUCCAUACAGCGGCAUUUACGACAUUUUGAGUCUGACAUGUCAGGUUUAACACAACAGAACGCUGGCCUGCUGGGUCUGGCUGAGGGGAACAUCCUCGACCCGGAGUUCCAGCAGCGUCUGGAGGACGCCCGCACGCUGCUGAGGCAGGAGAUCCAGCGAGAGCUCAAGAUUAAGGAGGCGGCGGAGAGGCUCCGGCGGGCCGUCACCAACCGCAAGAACGCCGCGGACGUGGAGGGCCAGCUGAGGGCCUCCAGCCGCAAGCUGGAACACCUGCACUGGGAGCUGCAGGAGCUCAACACCCGCGCCAUCACACCCAAGCCUCAGAAGGACAGGCCGACAGAUGACACCACGUCGCCUGACCCGUGUCGCUGGGAAGAAGUGACUUCCCCGCUGGCGGGACGCAUCUGUGCUCUGAAGAAGCAGCUAACCAUGGAGACCAAGGUGAAGCAAGGGGCGGAGAACAUCAUCCAAACCUACGUCAGCAGCUCUGUUAAGGACCGUAGGAUGCUCUCCACAGCCCAGCAGAUGCUUCAGGACAGCCGCACUAAGAUCGAACUGCUCCGCAUGCAGAUUGUCAAAGUCACCCAGGCCAGAGAGGGGCAGCGGGACAACACAGAAACAGCUGGCCGUCCCUCCGAGACAAUCAGUUCUCUGGAGCUCCGGGUGGCUGAGCUCCGGCACCACCUAAAGAUCGAGUCAGCUGUGGCGGAGGGCGCCAAGAACGUGGUGAAGCACCUCGGAGGUCUUAAGGUGCAUGAUCGGCGUGCGCUGGCAGAGGCCCAGACUAGGCUGCUGGAGUCGUGCCAGAAGCUGGACCUGCUGCGUCUCUCUCUGGAGCGCCGUCUGGUCGAGCUGCCCACCGACCACCCCAAACGGGCCGUCAUCAAGGAGGAGCUCACCCCUGGGACCUCCUCGCCCUCUCUGGGCCUGCAGCCGGAGCGCCUCAGUUCCGCCUCGUCCUCCUUCUUUAAACCAGCCACUCUCACCGGGCGGCUAGACGUGCGUCUCAUGGGCUGCCAGGACCUGCUGGAGUCGGUGCCGGGCCGCUGCCGUGUGGCCAACAUGUCCUCCGCUCCCAGCAGCCCCUCCGAGGCCAAGUCUCUGAAGAUGAGAACCGGCCUGUCCGGACGCAGUAACGUCAGCAGAACCAACAAGGCCGACGAGCCCUCCACGGAGAUCUGUGCCGUGAUGAAGGUGGACAACAGGAUGGUGGGUCGGACACACUGGCGAGCCCUCAGCAAGGAUGCUUGGGACCAGAGCUUCAGCAUCGACCUGGAACGGUCCAGGGAGCUGGAGAUUGGUGUGUUCUGGCGUGACUGGAGGGCUCUGUGUGGAGUCAAGUUCCUGCGUCUGGAGGACUUUCUGGACAACCAGCGCCACAGCAUGUGUCUCUGCCUGGAGCCUCAGGGCCUGCUGUUCACUGAGGUGACGUUCAUCAAUCCUGUCAUUGAGAGGCAUCCUAAACUUCAGAGACAGAAGCGCAUAUUCCCCAAAGAAAAAGGAAAGAACUUCCUGCGCGCAGCCCAGAUGAACAUGAACUUCGCCACAUGGGGGCGUCUGAUGAUGAGCGUCCUGCCUCCCUGCACUGGGUCCCUGCAGGCCAUGAGCCCCCCCAUGGGGGGCCCUGACCUCACCUCCCCUCCGUCCGCUGAGAAGACGGCCGUUUCGACCCCUCCUCCGCUAGGAGAGUCUGCAGUGGUGAAACUGGACUUCAGUGAGGAACACACCAAGUCUCUGAGGAACAGUGUGGGGAGAAUUCACAUGUCAGAAUCCAUAUGGCAGACCACUCUCUCUCAGUCCUCUAAAGGUAAUUCAUCAGAUAUCAAGCCAACACCCAGACAGAUGACUACACCUCAACCCUCUCUGAAGAGGAAAGAGAAUGGUGGGAUGCAAAUGGAAGAUUUCACGUGCCUCUCUGUUCUGGGGCGAGGGCAUUUUGGAAAGGUUUUGCUGGCAGAGUUCAAGAUGUCAGGCAAACUGUACGCCAUCAAAGCCUUAAAGAAAGGGGACGUUGUGACCCGCGACGAAGUGGACAGCCUAAUGUGCGAGAGGAGGAUCUUUGAGACGAUCAACUCGUCCCGCCAUCCUUUCCUGGUGAACCUGCAUGGCUGCUUCCAGACGGAGGACCAUGUGUGCUUUGUGAUGGAGUACUCCCCUGGGGGUGACCUGAUGACUCACAUACAUACCAACAUCUUCACAGAGAGACAGACUCAGUUCUAUGCUUCAUGCGUGCUCUUGGGACUGGAGUUCCUGCAUCAGAACAAGAUAGUUUACCGGGACCUGAAGCUGGACAACCUGUUGAUGGAUGCAGAUGGCUAUGUGAGAAUAGCAGAUUUUGGAUUGUGCAAGGAAGGUAUGGGUCAUGGAGAUCGCACCUCCACAUUCUGUGGCACACCGGAGUUCCUGGCCCCCGAGGUGCUGACGGAUAAUAACUACACCCGCUGUGUGGACUGGUGGGGACUGGGUGUCCUCAUCUAUGAGAUGCUGGUGGGAGAGUCGCCCUUCCCUGGGGACGAUGAAGAGGAGGUGUUUGACAGCAUAGUGAAUGAUGAGGUUCGCUUUCCCAGGUUUCUCUCCCCGGAGUCUGUCUCGAUCAUCCAGAAGCUACUACAGAAGAACCCUGAGAGGAGGCUGGGAGCAGGAGAGGCAGACGCUAGCGAGGUCAAGAAGCACAGGUUCUUCCAGGGGGUGAACUGGGAGUCCUUGCUUCACAAAAAAUUGGCACCCCCCUUCGUCCCACAGAUUAAGAUGCCAGGGGACGUCAGUAACUUUGACGAAGAGUUCACAAAACUCAAGCCAGUCCUAACACCCCCACAGACGGCCUACUUCCUAACUGCUGAGCAGCAGGAAAUAUUUGCAGACUUUGACUUCUCCUCACUUCACUGAGCUUAAACAUGUACGUGUAAACCCAGGUACUGGACGGUAGGACAAAAUGGCUGCUGCUCCACGAGUCUGGUUCUUUUACUAGACUGUCCAACCUGUGGUUGAUUACGGAGGACAGGCCUCUGGGAUGUCGUCUGUAUGUUGCCAUCUCAGGGCCGCCACUGUUCACUUGCUCCGUAAGUGGAACCUCAACAGCCAAUCAGAACUCGCGCUCAAGAAACGGACUGCUCAUCCCUGUGAGUGUCUCCAAAUGGUCUCUGGAUUUUUAUGUUAAUGUCUGAUUGUUUCAGUUUUUUUUGUUGGGUUUCAAUAUUGACUUAUUUGUACUGUUUUGUGUUUUGGUUUCCCAAUCCAUAUGGUUUGGUUUAUAAAUUAGGUUUGACAUUGACAAUGCCAAAUUAAUACUUUACAUGCCACUGUUGUGGUACUGUGUCAACCCUGAUCAUCAAAACAUUUGUUCUUCACUUGUGAAACUAAACAGGACUGUUUUGUUUCUACCAGGGGCACCAUGCAGUGAUUUUAAAUAGUUUCUAAUUCAAACAAUAUGCAAGAGACAAGCACUUUAUAGUGCUACACCUCCAAUUAUAACACUUGGCUGUAAAUCAAAAUGUGUUUGUGUAUUCCAACCCUGCUGCUGUCUGUUGAUGUCCAUUCGGUUACUAAUGCUGAUUAUAUCAUGUGAUAUUGGUAUGUUUAGCCUGGAAAUCCAGACAGAAUUGCCUUUCGCUCAUAACUAGUUAGUCUUUGUGAAGGAAAUGGCCUCUAAAUUGGUCUUUAUGUGCAUUGUGUUCCUGUGAAAUCCAUCUAAUCUAUCGGUCCAUCUUGGGCUGGUUAAGGCCAUUGAUUGUCAAGUUGGAACUGACAUGUUCCUGAAA